AUGUCUGCUCUCGAAAACCUGCUUAUACGAAAAUCCAACACUUGGUAUUGGCGCUUUCUCGAAAACUAUGUCUAUGCUGUGCCAGAGCCUCCUCCACGUCAACGGACCAAACCCAUGCAAGUUCUGUGCGUGGGCCCACCAAGGUCUGGGACUGAGUCGCUUCAGACUGCACUUCUGACACUUGGGUACGAUCACACGUAUCAUGGCUGGGACAUCGUAUAUGAGAAACCCCCUGCAGCGUCAAAGUGGGUACGGCUCUGCCGAAAGAAAUGGUUCGGAUCUGUUGAUGGAAAUACGAACAUCACCAAGGAGGACUUUGAUGAGAUUUUUGGCCAUUGUGUCGCCGUGACGGAUGCAGCGGCAUCUGUCUUUGCUGCCGAACUCAUCGCUGCGUAUCCUGAUGCCAAAGUGGUCCUCAAUUACCAACACUGCAAUAUGAUCCGAGGCCUAGUCCCAAAGGAGAGACUUCUGGAAUGGACUGUUCAAGACGGCUGGGAACCCCUGUGCAAGUUCCUGGAUAAACCAAUUCCAGAUGAACCAUUUCCUCAUGUGAACAAAGCUUUGGGAUGGGAUGACCGCGUAGCUGAAACGAGUAAGAGAUACAUGUGGAGCGCACUGCCAGGUUUAGCUAUGGUGACUACUGUUACGGUUGGCUUAGGAGCUGUAGCGUACAAGAUUCUGUUUUGA